AUGGCGGCGGCUAUGAUGGGUAGUACCGCUUCUUUUGACAGCCAAAACCAGACGUGGGAGGAAUAUUGUGAAGUGCUCCAACAUUUUUUUGAAGCUAAUGAGAUCGACGAAGCAGGUCGACAGAAAGCUAUUUUGCUCAGUUCAGUGGGCAGUCAGACUUACAGCCUCAUGAGGAACUUAGUCAGCCCCGCCAAGCCAGGAGACAAGACGUUUAAUGAACUUGUCAAGUUAUUAAAGGAUCAUUUCAACCCCAAACCCAGCGAGAUUGUGCAGCGUUUCAAGUUUAACUCCAGAAACAGAAAGUAUGGAGAAACAGUUAUGGAAUAUGUUGCUGUUCUAAGGAAAUUAGCACAAGACUGCAAUUAUGGAGACAAGUUAUCAGAAAUGAUACGUGACAGACUGGUCUGUGGCAUCGGAGAUGACCGCAUACAGCGCCGACUGCUGUCAGAGCCGGAUUUGAGCUUCGACAAGGCACUGAAGUUGGCCCAGGCCAUUGAGACAGCCAGCAAAGAUGUAAAAGACUUACAAUCUUUGGAGUUUGCGCCAUCACACAUGAGGACACCUCAAGCAGUGCACAAAAUGUCAACAAAGCAGACCCCUGGCAGGCAGCAGCAUCAGCAUAAGGCUUGUUACAGGUGUGGAGGUGAGCAGCACAGGGCUGGGGACUGUAGGUUUAUUAAAGAAACCUGUCACAAAUCUGGUAAAGUUGGCCACAUUCAGAAAGUGUGUAGGUCCAAAGGCCCAGCUAGUAUUUCAAAGACUAGAGGGGGUGGUGUACAGACGGGAAAGCAGGGGAGAACUCAGGGAGCAAAUUAUGUCAGCCAGGGGGAGGAUGACAAAGAGGGCAUUGAUACAGAGGAAGUCAUGUUCACACUGUACAAAAUAGAUGAACUUGAUGUACCAGCAGAAGAGCCAUUCAUAGAGACACUGACCUUUAAUGAGAUGGACACGCAGUUUGAGAUGGACUCAGGUUGUGGGGUAACAGUCAUGAACCACUCAGUGUUCAAAACCUUGGGGGGAAAAGAGGCACCAAAGCUACGCCCAUGUCGGGUGAGACUCAGAACAUAUACAUGGCAUAGAGUACAAGUCUUGGGAGCAGCUGUGGUUAAGGUGCAGCACAAAGGGCGAGUGCAAGACUUACCUGUGGUAGUUGUAGCAGGUUCAGGCCCCAGUCUGGUAGGUAGGUACUGGAUUAGGAGGCUAGGUUUACAGUGGAGAUCAGCACCCCAGGUCCAUCACGUCCAGGAAGAAACCUCAGAAGAGGUACAGGGGAGACCAGAAACCCAAAUCCAUCAUGUAAAAAAAGAGACCUUGGAGGAGGUACUGGUGGAGUAUGGGGAGGUUUUCAACGAGGAACUCGGGAGAUUUAAAGGACCCCUAGCAAAAAUAUAUGUGGACAAGGAAGCAGCCCCCAGGUUUUUUAAAGCCAGGCCCGUCCCAUAUGCCAUGAGAGGUAGAGUUGAGGCUGAACUAAACCGUCUCCUUUCUCAGGAGGUUAUUGAACCAGUAAAACAUGCUGAGUGGGCCGCGCCUGUGGUCCCUGUGUUAAAACCUGAUGACACAGUAAGACUGUGCGGAGAUUACAAGCUGACUGUAAAUCAGAUCUCAAAACUGGAACAGUACCCAAUCCCCAGAAUUGAGGACCUGUUUGCUACGCUUUCGGGGGGACAGAAGUUCACAAGGUUAGAUCUGAGUCAUGCCUAUCACCAGAUUCCCCUGGAUGAGGAAGCAAAGAAGUAUGUGACCAUAAAUACGCAUAAAGGAUUGUUCACAUACAGAGUGCUACCUUUUGGUGUUUCAUCAAGCCCAGCGAUAUUUCAACGGACCAUGGAGGGACUGCUGCAGGGCAUUCCUCGUAUCACCAUCUUUCUGGCUGACAUUCUUCUCACAGGGAAAGACGACCAAGAGCACCUGCAGACUCUGUCCAUGGUGCUGAAUCGGCUAGAUGAAGCUGGUCUGCGACUUAAAAGAGCCAAAUGCUUAUUCAUGAAUGAGGAAGUGAUUUUUCUGGGUCAUAAGGUGGAUGCAACAGGACUGCACCCAGUCCAUGAGAAGGUGCAAGCAAUCCAAGAGGCACCCACACCUUCAAAUGUGACAGAGUUGAAGGCAUACCUUGGACUGUUAAACUAUUACAACAAGUUCCUACCCAAUCUGUCAACUGUUCUCGCUCCAGACAAAGAUCCAGUACUCUCGAGGGUGCGGGAGAUGGUACAAAUUGGCUGGUCAUCAAAACUGAAAGGGGAGGAGUUUGCCCCUUAUGAGGUGAGGAAACAUGAGCUCAGUAUCCAGAAUGUGUGUGUGUUAUGGGGCUCGAGAGUGAUUGUGCCACAUCCAGGUCAAGGAAAUGUUAUGAGGCAGCUUCAUCAGUGCCACCCAGGAGUGUCCAGAAUGAAGGCAUUGGCUAGGAGUUAUGUAUGGUGGCCAAAUGUGGACAAAGAGUUGGAGGAUACUGUAAAGGGCUGUACAACAUGUCAAGAGCACCGCAACAUUCCUGCACCAGCUCCAUUACACCCCUGGGAUUGGCCUGACAAACCGUGGAGCCGUAUCCAUGUGGAUUAUGCCGGACCGUUUAUGGAAAAAAUGUUUUUUGUGCUUGUUGAUGCACAUUCAAAGUGGAUGGACGUGUAUCCAGUGAACUCUGCCACUUCAGGCACCACAAUUGAGUGCCUGCGUACAAGUUUUAGCAACCAUGGACUGCCUGAGUUGUUGGUGUCUGAUAAUGGCACUUGUUUCACCAGCACCGAGUUCAAAGACUUCCUGAACAAAAAUGGUACGUCACCCUACCACGCCGCCAGUAAUGGGUUAGCAGAGAGAGGGGUACAAACAUUCAAGAGAAUGAUGAAAAAAUGUCCAGAAGGCACACUGACAGCUAAGGUAGCCAGAGUAUUAUUUAGCUACAGAGUGACUCCUCACACUACAACAGGUCUAUCCCCAGCAGAGCUGCUUCUCUGGAGGAAGCUACGUUGCACCCUGGAUUCAAUCCACCCAGACCUAAGCAGGAGAGUGAAGGAAAACCAAGAAAGACAGAUAAAAGAUCACAAUAAAAAGGCAAAAGGACAUUGGUUCAAAACAGGAGACUCAGUGCUGACCCAGAAUUUCAGUCUAGGACCCAAGUGGAUUCCGGGAAUUAUUGAGUUGGUGACUGGACCAGUGUCCUACAAAGUGAUGCUGGGUGAUGGGAGAGUAGUGAGGAGACAUGUGGACCAGAUUCACACUCACCACCAGAGACCGGGGAAAUGCAACAGCAACCAACCUGCGGACGUUAGUCGGCCAAGUCAGGCUGAUGAAAAAAAUUAA